UUAGUAACAAGCCAAUUUUAUUACUAAUGUUUUUAUUUCUAGAACUGAACCAGAUACAGGAAAUGUUUAAAUAAAGAAGUGAAACUAACAGUAAUGCUCUUGCGUGCCAAAGUAGAGCUUAUUCACUGAGUUCUCAGGGUUUCAUCACUCACUCUGUCAAAUGAGAGGAAGUUCACAAGCAAAGGAAGGAGCUGAUGAUGUUUAUAGGAAAGAGCUGUAACUAUAUAUAAUGAAGAGGAGGAGUUGUAACUAUAUAUAAUGAAGAGGGGGAUCUGAUAGUGUAUAUAAUGAAGAGAAAGACGGACAGAAGCAGAAAUGUCUGAUCAGUGUGAUCUGUGUCUGCUGGGACUGAUCAUUCUCUCUUCACUUCUCACAGGCACCAGUGGAGCGGAUGAUGAUCAUGUGUUCAUCAGUUCUGGUGUAAAUGUCCGUCUGUCCUGUAAUAAUGCUCUUUCUGACUGCAAAUCAACUAUAUGGAUCUACUUUAACAGCUUCAGUCAUUCAGGAGUAGUUGGACUGAUUGAAUUAGGGGUAAAGAAGAAAGACACAGAGAGACUGAGUCUGGAGUCUGACUGCUCUCUGAACAUCAAGAACGUCACAGAAGAAGAUUAUGGAUCUUACACCUGCAGACAAUUUGUGAACGGACAACAACAAGGAUCUGAUGCACCUGUUUAUCUGAAUGUUCUUCAUGUUUCAGUGUCUCCAUCAUCAUCAUCAUCAUCUUCAUCCUCACAGACUGAGAUCAGUCCAGGCCGCUCUGUGACUCUCUCCUGUCAGUUGUAUUCAUAUGAUGGAAACUCCUGUGAUUAUUUGGUUCGUUCUGAGGGAGUUGAGCUGUUGUGGGUGAAUCAGGCUGGUGUUGAUCUGAAGACAGACUCCAGAUAUCAGAUAUCAUCAUCAUCAUCAGAUCAAUAUCGCUGUAUCAUCAUCACUCUGACUACAACACUCCUGAAUGAAGAUAACAACAGAGAGUGGAGAUGUCAGCUUACUCGCAGAAAUCAACUCCAGACCUCAGUCACAUACACUGUCAAGUAUUCAGCUCCAGUUGAUCCAACAACUGCAGUGAGUCCUUCUACACAAGUCAUAGGGAUUUCUGUCGCUGCAGUUGCUGUUCUCCUUCUUGCUCUUCUCUGGCUGAUCUACAGAAAAACAGCUGGUAAUAAAAGAGGGACUGGCGACUCUGCGGUCAAAGAUGAGGAUGAACAUAAAGAGACGUAUGAGACGAUCAACAUGUCCAUUCCUCCUGCUGCAAGAGCCGAUGAGCAGACAGAUGAUGUGACUUAUUCUGAGGUCACUUCUUCCAACACAAAGCCAGUAAAAGCUCUCGAUGAUCAUAAUGAUACCGUGACUUACGCUGCCAUCAGAUGAAGAGAAGAUAAACCGCAGGAUCAACUUUACAAGAACUAGACCAUAAAUAAACAUUAAUGACACAGAUCAUGAGCUCAUCAUACGGGAAGUUUUCAUCUCUCUGGUGUUUGGAGGAACUAUAUAUGUGUGUAAAUGAGUAGAUCAUCAUAAUCAUCUGGUCUGUCGUCAGUCAGAGCACAGAAUCUCCUCUAUAUCAUCACAGCUACAGUAAAGAUAGAGAUUAAAGCCCUGAAAUGUUUUCAUACAGGCCAUUUUUUUAAUAAAUGUCGGAUAUUUCUUUUUGAGUCAGGUCAAAAAGUCAUUUUAAAUCCAUACAAAUGUUAAUAGGCCUAUAGAUCAUUUUUAAUAAAGUUUUAAAUGCAUAUCUAAUAAGUGAUUAUUAUGAAGGU